AUGAACUUCUUCUCGUUGGGUUCAAAGCCAAAGAACAAGUAUUCUUUGGAGAACCUAAAGUACCUCUACAAUACUUUAGUCAAGAACCCUAUAAUCACACCGAACAACAGCAGCACAAUCAUCGAGACACUGAGGCAGUUGGCCGAGGUACUAAUAUGGGGCGAUCAGAACAACAACUCUUUAUUCGAGUUCUUUCUUGAGAAGAAUCUAUUAGGAUUCUUUGUAGCUAUUCUCGAUCAAAAGACAUCGACUGAGGUGAUCAUACAGCUAUUACAGACUCUGAGUAUCCUUGUUGAGAACCUUCGAUCACAGAUGUCAAUAUACUACCUACUAUCGAAUAACUACAUCAAUGAGAUAAUUAUACACAAGUUUGACUUCUCCAUCGAGGAGGUGUUGGACUACUACAUCUCCUUCCUCAAAGCACUGUCACUCAAGCUGGACAAGAGUACGAUCAACUUCUUCUUCAAUGGACAGGAGAAGGACUUCCCCCUCUACACAGAGGCAAUCAAAUUCAUCAAUCACAAAGAGGCAAUGAUACGCAUUGCCGUUCGAACACUCACUCUCUCAGUCUUCAAAGUUGAGGACGAUGCAAUGAGAACAUAUAUUAUCAACUCUACAGCAGUUCCAUACUUUUCAAACAUUGUUUGGUACAUUAGACAAGAGUGCGCCAACUUGAACAAGGUGCUGGAGAAGUCAAGCCAUGAGAAUACAAGUCAACUCACUUAUUGCUUCGAUGAGCUGGCCGAUCAGUUCUACUACCUGCACGACAUUUUCAAUCUUGGCUUCGACUCGAUGAACCUGGUGCUGGCCGAACAGUUCAUCCAGUAUCUUAUAUUCCCUCAGCUCAUUGGUAGUCUGUUGCUUGGCUCAGACUCGAGCGGCAGCAGCAAGAGCACCGCCGAGCCGCUGGAGGACCGGCUCACACCCUCACUUGCACUGUUCCUCCUGGCGCAAGUGUUUCACAUCUUCACUUUCAAACCAUUGCUGGACACUGUGGCCACGGCCAUCGCCUCGACCACACCCUCUCAAUCACAGAUGCUCAACACCAACCCUUCGGCGCCGCCACCGCUCUCCGUCCUGAGCACACAACGCAAACAUUAUAAUAGCUUCCGACGAAUAUAUUCUUAUCCAAGUCUAGAGCAUCAUGAAGCCAACAGUAGUGGCGGAGGAGGUGGCGGCAGUGGCGGAGGCGGUGGCCAGCCAUCAUCAUCGACGACCAAGAGGAAGAAGGACUCACUCAAGCAUAGUAGCACGAACAGUACACCAGCCAUUCGUGUGACGGAGAAGAUAACAGUGAACGAUACGACAAAUGCGACCAAACACAGCCCCGACGACCAAGACGACAUGGGUUCGAAUGUGUCGGGCUCCCCACCCGCAGCCUCUGGCGACAAGUCCAACGAACCAGUACAUCGCGCCAAGAAUGAGUUGUCCAGCUCGGUCGACAGCGGAUCAACAAGCAUCAGUUGCGAUUCGAAACUGAGCAGCAAGAGGAAGCACAACAAGGACGAGCUGAAGCAGACACUACUCCAACUGAUCAGCAAGGACAGGGAGACGUUCGGCGUCGUCUGUCUGCUCUACUCAUUCUUGAAGAACACACACGUCGAUCAGAAGAUUCUGGAGAGUGGCGGACUGCUGCCGUACCGUUUGGCCAAGGCCAAGAAGCUGCUGGAGGGUCUGCUCUCGCCCGAGUCCUCGUCGCCCGUGCUCUCAUCUUCAUUGCCCAUCUCACCAACACACUAUCGAUCCAAGUCCGAAUCACACGCACGUCUAUCACCAAUCUCAUUGGGCAGCGAGCCCGUCGCCAAGAGAGACAUUGUCACAUUGUACAGCAGUGACAAUGCCGAUGAGGCAGAUGAUAUCUUUGCGAAUGGUAAUGGCAAUAGCAAUGGCAAUGGCAACAUUAUCAGCAUCAAGCCCAACAACAACAAGGACAGUACAUCAUUGGCGUCAGCACUCAAGAACCAGAUGUUACAACGAAGCAUUCAACAAAAGAUCCUAAACAACAACAACAACAACACCAAUGUGUCAGAGGCCAUACCAAUCUUGAAGAUUAUGGGACAACAGAUGAUGAACCGUGAGGGCGACGAGGAGGAGUUUGUGCCUGUUCCAGACUCGAGUCAGAAGGACUUCACGAGGAACCUCAUCGAUCGUUUGUUCUUGGUGCUAGUCAACAGCAAUCAGUUCCGUUUGAUCACACUCCAGAUGACACUGCUCGUGCUGAAGGAGUUGGUAUACUCGCCCGAGUCGCCAUCCAAGCUGACCGAGACGCAGCUGGCGCUAUUAGAGGAGGCCUACUCAAUGGUCACCAACAACCUGAAGGAGAAGUUGGUGGGCAACCUGGCUCCGGUGUUCCUCGAGCUGUUUGAAGAGGAGCUGAGGUCGUACAAACAGAUCAGCUUUGAUUUCUUGCUCAAGGACGUCAACCUGAUCCUGCCCGUUCCCGAGACACCCACUUCUCGUCUUUCUCUGGCCAAGCGUCUGCCUUCGGGAGAGGUCGAGAUGACUCAGAAGGCCAUCCAGCAGUUUCUGGUGCUGCGCGAGCUCAAGUACACACUGCUGCGACGCAAAGACACGAUGCUCCCACUCAAACAACCACAGAUACCAAUUGUACGCGAGAAGGACUUGUUCAAUCUGGACACGGACAACUUUGAUAUCAUCUAUUACUAUCAGGUCGCAGCGCCACAAGCUGGUCAACCACAGACAAAGAAGAAGACUAGGAAUUGCGGAGUGCUCUACCACAACCUGUUGCUCAAUGUCGAUCCCAACAAUGUGCCGCCACAGAACAAGGCCGGCGUGUUUGGAAUGAUCACACAUGUGGCCCCGCUUCAGCGACUGGAGAUUGAGCAAUCACAUCUGGACGCCACCAUUCUUCGAGUGUUCAGUCAUCCGACGCGAUGGAAUGUUGACAUGGGCUUUGAUGAGGAGUCCAAGUGCCAGCAGGCCAAAGCGCUGCUCGAGACUGCGCGCGAUGACGUCAGAUCGAGCAAGAUGCGACAGAUCUACACAUUACUGGGCGAGCGCGAUCCAUAUAUUGACGACGACCCAGACAGUCUUUUACCGACCGCUUCCUCCACGCCGCCUACCCGUGUCAUUGUCCCAAUUGACGCGUCCAAUUCACAUCCUCUGGCAUUCAGUGGUGAGCUCAAGCCUCAACCAACUCCUCUAUCUGGUGCCAAACAAUCAUCAUCAUCGUCUAGGAACAACAAUAGACACUCACUGACAGAGCGAAAGGAGAACAUAUUCCAAUCAUUCUUGAAUGAUCCUGUAGACGACUACAAAGAGUUGAACCUGCUCUCUGACGAAUCAUUACAACAACAUCAACAACAACUACAACAACAACAUAACGAUAGUAUUACAAGUACUGAUGCUGUUCCAGAUGUAGACUCGAUAACUCUUGACAUCCCAGCACCAAUACCACUACCACCAACUACUCCCACUUCCACUACCACGACGACAACAACAUCAACAACUUCCACCACCGCAACAACAACAACAAAUGAUUCGUUUGUUGACCCAUUAACUUCAUCUUUACAACAGUUGUAG